AAAGCUCUGCCGUUCUAUUUUCAUACGCAGGUCGUCGUUAUUUCUUUACUCCUCGACUAUGGCGACCGAGACUCUAGUGAAGAUCUCGCAGGACGUCCCUCGCGAGCACGUGGACGAGAUGGUCCGCUUCUUGGAGAGGACCGGAGCCUCGGAUUCCAUUCCGCCUCCGUACGCGGCCGCCGACGGCUACUCCGACCUCCUCUGCAGCUCCCUCAGAGCCGAUCGAGUCCAGCGAGGCAAAGUGUCUUGCCUCCUCUCUGUCGGACCUCCACUCUUGAACGCGUAUGGUGGACUGCACGGGGGAGCUGUUGCUGCUGUUGCAGAGAGAGUGGCAAUUGGUUGCGCUAGAACAGUCAUGCACAAGGAUAAAGAGCUGUUUCUUGGCGAAUUGAGCAUUUCUUACCUCUCUGCUGCCCCUCAAAAUUCUGAGCUGAUCAUUGAUGCUUCGGUGGUGAGGACCGGAAGAAAUGUGACUGUAGUAGAGGUCAAUUUCAAAUCGAAAAAGUCUGAAAAGCUUGCCUUUGCUGCUCGAGCUACCUUUUUUAAUAUGCCCCUUGCUAAGUUGUGAGAAUUUGAAGCCAAUUCACGGACAAAAUCCAUGUAUCUUAACAAGAAUUAAGAUAUUCAUCCUGUUGCUGCAUCAAGCACUAAUGGUAUGCCAUCGUGGUAUGUCGAUAAACUACUACUCUGCUAGUGCCAUAUUGUGCUAUAUGUCUGCCAUUUGACAUUGCAGGUUAAUUUGUGCAUUUUUCUAGUUUCAUGCCUUCCUGCAGAAUAUAGUGAUGGACUCUGCAAUAUUUUGCUUGAAUAGCCUUGAUUCACUUGAGAGUGUAGGACCAUCCUAGGAAGAUGCUUUUUAGGUGGUUAGAUGUGUCAACCUCUUCUGACGAAAAAUAAAGAUUCAUAGAACUUCAUGGAUGAACAAGACCAUCAUUGUUGAUCUUAAUAAUAACUCGGAAGAGGUUUUGUCGUAGUUUGGCUUUGUUGGCUGUUGUAUUUGUGCGCUGAACGUCGUCAAUGAGAGUGAAAUUCUGAAGAUUUGUUAGCGCU